UCUCGUUCAAUCCAAUAUGGCGGCAAACGGUGUAUGAGAGGUGCGGAAUGUUUUGAUUCGGAACGUACAAUAAAAAAAAAUUGUAUGGAAAAAAAACUCAUAACGAAUCGCGAAAAAAAAAUACGCAAUGGCCGGUGAAUUAACGUGGUACUCGUGUUGUUAAUAUUAAAUAAUCGAUCUCGAAGUUAAUUGUGUUAAAAGUAUUGUGUUAUUGAAUUGAAUAUUAUUUUAUUUUUGAUGUAGCAUUUGCGGUCGCUAAUGUGUUCGUUUGCAAUAAUAUGUGAUAGAUUACACGCUAGAUAUGUCUACCGAGCCUGAUAAAACUACGGGAUGCCCGAUAGACUGUGAUAAUAGUGUUAAUUCUGCAUUAGGAGAGUCUGUGAACAAAGUUAGUGUGCUAUGUGAUGUUGAGGAGAAAAAGAAAAGUGGACGCUCAGUGCGUUUUCCAGAUGAGGAUCUAAUAGUUACGGAGUACUUUGAACCUGAAAACCCUUGGCAAAAUGUGCCAACGACGACAAAAUCUCAGCUUGCUGCCGAGUACCUGGAGGCGUGCAGGCGACAUUGCACGCCAUCCAUCGAUACCGUGCUGGAGCAAAUACGGGAACUGCCAGAUGAAGCCAUAGGAGGUGGGACUCGGGCGCCGCGCCUCACCCUCGCAGAAUGCUCGCUGUCGGGCGCUGCGGCAGUGGACGCGUUAGAAGCCAUCAUGAGGAAGGUCCAGUUCAGGAGGCUGGAGAUUGAACACUGCAUCAUUGAUGAUGAAGGAGCGGAGGCGUUAUUCGACAUGACGGAGUAUUACGAAAGCGCGACAGUGUUGUCUAUAGCGGGGCCGCGGCAAUUUGGCAUCAGAGGGUGGCAGGCCGCUUCUCGGAUGAUCAAAAAGAGUGCCGAUCUCUCGGAGUUGGAGAUAACAGACGCGCCGCUGGAGGCGUCGCAUGCGCCGGUCCUGGCUCGCUCGCUCAGGGCACACACGUGCACUCUACGGGCGCUGUGCUUGCAGCGGGUGUGUCUCACCGGGGAACCUUUGUUGUGUUUAGUGAUAGCCCUGAAAUCGAACAGCUCGAUAAGAGAGCUGCGACUAUGCGACAACCGACUCGGCGUGUCGGACGCGGCGCAGCUCGCCUCGCUGCUGCGGUACAACACGCGCAUACAACUACUGGAUCUCUCCAACAAUAUCAUACAGGACGCUGGAACAGCCCACUUGGCGGACGCGUUGGCCGAGCAAGCGGCUCAGUCGCCGCCUUCCGCGGCAGCCUCCCCGCUGUCACCGCAUCGAUGUCAGGUGGGAGAUCACGACGCGCGAGGGUUGGCGUUUCUAGUGCUAUGGAAUAAUCAAUUAACGAGAAAUUGUGCGCCCUAUCUCAGUAAAGCGUUGCGCACAUCCCAGUCGCUGUGCGUAUUAAACGUGGGCCGCAACGCGCUGGGCAGCGACGGGGUCCGCGCGCUGGGCCGCGCCGCCGCGCUCGUGUCGCUCGGCCUGCAGGCGGCGCGCCUCGGGCCCGACGCCGCCAGCCCGCUCGCUGAACUCAUACGGGCCGAUACUAAGCUGCAGCGACUAGAUCUCCGUGAGAAUAGACUGGGCGCGGCCGGUCUGCAGCUGCUACUGAGCGCCAUGAAGGAUAACGCCACGCUCACACAGAUUGAUUUAGACGAGCCGCCUAACCAAGAAUCAUCAACCCUGCUCGCCGAGGACUCGGAGACGGCGUUAAUCCGCCGCAUCACGCGCGACAUCCGCGCCGCCUGCACGCGCAACGUAUCGGGCCCCGCCGACGCCGCGACAGACGCCGCGCCGCACGACGCCGCGUUACAUCGCAAGAUCAGUCUCACCUGCCAUACUGCCUGUCUCAUACGGCAAGGACUUGGUGGUGGCGAGGAGGAGCGUCGCGUGCGACUGCGGUCCCCCGCGCCGUCGCCCGCGCCCUCCCCCGCGCCGUCCCCCGCCGGCAGCCCCGUCCCCGCGCCGCACCCCACCUCGCGGUUUAUGGUGACUCGAGUGACUCCGGAGCGCGAUUCCUCGACGGACAGCAACGGCUCCUCGUCCUCCACAUCGUCCACCCCGACCCGGCUCGCCUACUGUCCCCCGUCGAGGUUCCGAGUCGUACAGGUCCUAGAACCGCCGCAAAUACAAGUACACCCAGCGUCCAGUCAGCCUAGGAAGUCACCAUCACGGUUCUCGGUAACCAGAAACUAUGAUUCAGUAUACAAUCCGAAUCCAACGCCACCGAAUAGUCCAGCGCAGCCAACGUUAUACACUCAACUACAGAAUGAUGUUGUUACGCAACUUAAACACGAAGCUAAUGUUCCGGCUCAAGGGAAAAACUUAACGGAAAUUGGCACUCAAGCGAAAAAUGUAAUGGAAAUUGGCGCUCAAGUGAAAAAUGUAAUUGAAAUUGGCGCUCAAGAGAAAAAUGUAAUGGAAAUUGGCGCUCAAGCGAAAAAUGUAACGGAAAUUAGUACUCAAGCGAAAAUCUUAACAGAAGUAAGCCCACAAGUGAAAGAGGUUGUCACUCAAGCGAAAAGUUUAACAGAUAUUGGCGCUCAAGCGAAAAUCUUAACAGAAGUUAGCCCACAAGUGAAAGAGGUUGUCACUCAAGCGAAAAUUUUAACAGAUAUUGGCGGUCUAGAUAAACACUUAAUGGAAACUAGCGCUCUACCGAAAAAUUUAACAGACGUUGGCACUCAAGCGAUAAUCUUGACAGAGGUUGUCACUGAAGCGAAAAUUUUAUCAGAAGAUGUCGUUCAAGCGAAAAUCUUAACAGAGGAUGUCACUCAAGCGAAUAUUUUAACAGACGUUAGCACGAAAUGUAUACCAGUUAGCACUACCGAUCAGAAAAGCGAAGUCAUUCACCCUACUGAAACGAAAAAAGAAGCCACUGUUACUGCUCAACAGAUUAAAUUAACAGAUGUUAUCGCUCAACCCACAAUAGAAGUCAGUUUAAGCGAUAUCAGCGUUAGCGCUCAAGAGAAACAUUUAACAGACGUAACCGCUCCACUAAUAAGCGAAGCUGUUACAAGCGGUGAAUCUAGUGCUCACGACACAAAACUAACUGAAGUUAGCGCUCAGAAAAUUGAAUGUAGUGAAAUGUCGUCAAAAGAUAAUGCUCAAAGUAAAUCUGAUACACAUAACGAAGUACAUACACAAAUUAAAAGCGAUAUAGAAGUUAAACCUAAGAAAAUAAUCACUACACAAGUACGAAGUGACGCUAUGAAACAAUCCAAGAAAGAUUCUUCAAAAGAAACUAUUCCUAUAAAUGAGAAACAUACCUCCGACACGAAAAAUCUAGUUACAACGCAAAUUAGUCACUAUCCCACUCAAAAUAAAGCUGAAAUUGAUGACACGUCUAAAUUCGUUGUUCAUAAACCUACAGAAUUGAUAGACACGGCAAUUUUCAAAAACAUCGUCACGACACAAUUACAGCAUGAAGCGGUAACGCAGAAAAGUGACGACACGACAAUACAGAAGAGUGACGACACGAAAACACAGAAAAGUGACGACACGAAAAUACAGAAAGGUGACGACACGAAAAUACAGAAAGGUGACGACACGAAAAUACAAAAAAGUGACGACACGAAAAUACAGAAUCUUAACACAGAGACUAAAUCUCAAGUCGAAACUGAUAUCGUUAAAGAAUUUAAUAAUUAUUUAACCCGUGAUAUAAGUAUGAGAAAUACGAGUGUAGCUGAUGAUACAAAACCAGUAGAAAUUGAUAGCAAAGCCGUCAGUCUUAAGAGUAUACCACUUGCUAAUAUUACAGUGUUUAGAACAGAUAUUGAUAUAAAACCUGACAUUGGUAAACAUGAGACUCAAAGGAUACCGGUACUUACUCUAGACGACAUACAAACAGAUUUAAAAACGACAAAACAAGAGAUUAUUGAGCCGGAAAGUCAAAAACAGGACAAUAGAAACAAAACUGAGUUUUCUACAGAAUUGGGGAAAGAAUUGAAGACUCAUAAAGCUGAUUCAUCUAGAAUUAAAGCGUCUGCUUCUCCUUCGCAAUCGAUUUUACCGAAGACAUCGAUAGCUACAAUAGAAGAAUUCCCAGAAAAUGACGAUUUAGAUGUUACCGAUUCGAUAAAAUCUACUCAAACCAGUGACUUAGCAAAGUGUGUGAGUGUAACAAAACCAGAUGUGAUAACUAGUAUUAAACCAAUAUUAAUAAAAAGUGAAAUUAGUUAUAGUGAUGCCCUAAAAAGUGACAAGAAAACCAAAGUGUUUACAGACCAAACGGUUAAUAUAAAUAGUGUAUCUAAUAAACUUAGUCUAAAUGAAAGUUUAGUACCUGUCGAUAGUGUUAUACUGAAGAAGAAUAAAAGUGAAUCCAGUCUGGAUAGUCCGGACUUAGAAGUGUCAAGAUUUAUGAACUGUAUCGUUGAAACCAGUGUGUUUGAUAGCAAUUCUUCGCUUGAAAUAUCAGGGAGUUCGAUGGAGAGUUUGAAUGAGCAGAAAUCUAUUCAAGUUUUGGAUAGGAGAAAAGGUGGGGUCCUAUCUAAUGAAGGGAGUCUUGAGUCAGGGAGUGAGGUAGCCCCUGUACAUAGCGGUAACUUCCUUAACUUAUCCGUUAGCUCAAAUGAGAGUGUUUCCCCUACAUUUGGCAAGACGAAGAUUAUUCAUGACUCCUUAUCAAGCUUAGAAGCAAGUGUCAGUUCUCUGGAUUCAAAAGACAGGGUGAUGGUGACGUCAGCUGAUUCUGGCAUCGAAUACUCACUGCAACACCCUACAGAGAACAAAGAGGACAAUUCCUCUAACGAAGGUACUUUAACAAACAACUCUAGUUUGAAAGAAUCGAUCAAAAAACCCGAAGCCUUCCAUUCGCUAGACAGUACUUCGCCAAAACGCACGUCUAGUCUUUUAGACGUGCCUGCGUUAGAGAAUAAGGGUAUAAGAGAUCGUAUAAGAAAGAUAUCCUGGGUAGCACCCUCAUCCAGCUUCCAUAUACCCCGUCCAGAAGAAAAAGAAACGAAGCCUUCUCAUCUAGAGAAGCUGCUAAGCAUAUUCCAGCACCCAAGCUCAAUUUUCUCCAGAAGCUUAACAACGGACGAUGAUAAAAAGGUUUCGAGCACACCACCAAGAAGAGAUUUGUCUCUAUCUAGCUCUUUCUGGUCUUGGGGGUCGGCGGUAGAGAAAGAAAGAGAGGAAGAUAGUUCAGAAGCGACAGACUCGACAUUGUCAGAGAGAGUGCAAGUCUCGUUCGUUGAUGAAUCGUUCUCUAAAAAACUUGACUCGAAGACGCCGUCUACUGAUACGGAUAAUACACUGAGCGAAUUCCAUUCCUUCCCCACACAUGAAAGCGACGUAGAAGAAAAGGUUACCACCGAUGACAUUAUAGUACAAAACAUAGAUUUAAGCGUAAUUAGUAAUACUAGGAAAGAUGAUAAAGAACAGAGACCGCGCUCGUUCGCGGCCGUUCUCAAGAGUUCUGGAUCAGAGAACUCAAUAGAUAAACAAUCCAGUAGCGAAAAUGGGCAACCAGUUGAUAAGCUACCCAGUAAAGUUAUUAGAGGUAUUAAAGAGAAUAUAAGCCCUGAAAACACACUUACAUCAAGCAUGUCCAAUACUGAAGCUUUGGCUGAAGAACUUGAGAAACAAGUUCGAGCCGUCAGCAUUUGGGAGCCAAGUAAAAUUGAGACCAAACCUGAUGAGGUUAAGGUACAAAGUGAUUUGGCACCGAUAGCGACUAUUGAGGAAACUUUGGAUGAGGACAAUCCUCUACAAUUGGCGUUUAUAGAUGAGAAAUUAGAUGAAUUGAAUAUUGAGAAUAGGGUUUUGGAGGUAGACAAACAAUCUAAAUCUACGGAGAUAGAUUUGGGUAAAGAUGCUUUAUCCUAUCUGAUAUACGAAAAUAGAGAUUUUGAUGCCGGUACCGACAGUAUAGUAAAAACGACAGCACAGCAAGGUUCUUUAGCAGAAGAAUUGAAAGAGGCAGAAAUUAAAGAAAUAUUAGACCUAUCACCAGAAUUAGUUAUCGACGAAAAUUUACAAGAAACCGUAUUCACACCGAAAGAGAUAAUCGGAUUGCGGACAUCACCGAUUAUUCCGGAACGGGCGAAGCUUAAGAAAUCUAACUCAUUAGAGAAUUUACCGCAAUGUUCGGAUGAUAAGAGUCCUAAAACUAAAACUAUAGCUUUCAAAGUACCUGAGAGUACAACGCCAAGAGACAUACCUGAACGAAGAUCGCGAUUGCGGACAAGAAGCGGUUCAAGCCCAAAAUCUUUACCAGAAAACUUAAACAAACCAUGUCCUUUAACAAAAAUGGAAUCAAUUCUAAGUAAAAAGAAGAAAAAGGUAUCUUCUUUAGGGAAGAUAGCUAAAGAUUCUCUUCUGGCGUUGAAUAUGAGUGAGGAAGAGAUUGCGGAGUUCAGAAGAUCGUAUAAACUCACUUCAGUAGAGAGUUUAAAGUCUCUUGAGUCAGUUUCGGAAAGCGGCAAUUCUGUGGACUCUAGAUGUAGGGCUUGUUUGAGGCAAUCACAGGAAAGCUUAAUGUCUUUAGAUUCUAUUAGCGAGGAUUGUCGAUGUACGGACGAUUGCGAACGCCCCGGUAUGUCAGGAAGAUAAAUAAUAUGAAAUUGUGUAAUAUAUAAUACAUAUACAAUGUGAUAGGGGCGAGACUUCUAACCCGUUAAGGCUGAGUUCUACACCUAAUUUUAUCGACAAAAGUCGGGGGUCGAAGUGGUCGAAUCCCCUCCCCCUAAAAGUUAUGGCUAUUUUAAUAUUUUUUUUACUUUUUUUGAUAUCAAAGGUUGUAUGCGUCGUAGAAACAAAAAAAAAACAACAAACGGUAG